AUUCACAAACAAACAAAACAAGACACGACCAAAGUUACAAGUAAACCAAACAAAAUCUAACCUGUGCGUGUUAAUUAGACCAAACCUCUCUCUUCUCUCACUUCCCAGCUACUUCUCUCUCUCGCGCUCUCUCUUUCUUUUUUGGCAAUGGCUACUGGAUCAACAACCGAUUCCGCCAGGUCUCCUUCCUCAGGUUUGAUCUUUUGUCUCUUCCAUUAUAAUUACGCCCAUUAGAUUCUGAUAUUUCUUUUUUUUUGUCACUUACAAAGAAAAAAUACCAUAUAUGUGGAAAAUUUUCUCAAAAAUCGCAGACGAAGAUUCCAGUUUUGUACUUCUUGAAUUUCGUUCAAAAUAGUAAUCCUAGCUUUAAACACAUACAAAAAAAGUUCCAGAAUUGGGUCAGCUGAUGUGAAAUGAAAUGAUUACUGUUGUUGAACUUUAGACAAUGCAUUAAAUGAUGGCUUUCAAUCACAUAAUCCUAGCUUUAAAUUUCGUUUUAUUAGUAAAGAAAACCAAAUCAAUCCUUGCCCAUUUUGGUGGAAUUUGAUUGUUUUUUUUUUUAAGUUAGAUAGUAAGUAUAAACAUGUUACAGGUUCAUGAUUUGCUUAUGUUCGGUUUUAUGUUGCAAGAAUAUUUGUUUGAGGAAUCUUAAUAAGUGCCCAUGAGUGUUCUCCAAAAGCUGUUAUUACUAUUCUCUGUCUGUAUAGCUACUUCAACUUAUAAAGCAAUCCAGCCUCCUCCAUCAAAGCUAUGUGGCUCUCCUGAUGGUCCAUCCAUCACAGGACCAAGGAUUAAGCUAAGAGACGGAAGGCAGUUAGCUUACAAAGAGCAUGGAGUUCCUAGAGAUGAAGCUACUCAUAAAAUCAUCGUUGUCCAUGGAUCUGAUAGUUGCAGACAUGAUAAUGCUUUCGCAGCUCUACUAUCACCGGAUAUUAAGGAAGGACUAGGUGUGUAUAUGGUUUCAUUUGAUAGACCUGGUUAUGCAGAGAGUGAUCCUGACCCAAACCGUACUCCUAAAAGCUUGGCUUUGGACAUUGAAGAGCUUGCUGAUCAGUUGAGUCUAGGAUCGAAGUUCUAUGUCAUCGGUUACUCGAUGGGAGGACAAGCUACUUGGGCAUGCCUUAAAUACAUUCCUCACAGGUUGGCUGGAGUAACGCUUGUUGCUCCAGUGGUGAACUAUUGGUGGAAGAACUUUCCAUCAGAGAUCUCAACCGAAGCUUUUAACCAACAAGGGAGAAAUGACCAAUGGGCGGUUCGUGUUGCACACUAUGCUCCUUGGCUUACUCAUUGGUGGAACUCCCAGAGCUGGUUCCCUGGAUCAAGUGUUGUGGCUCGCAAUCUCGGUAUGUUGUCCAAAGCAGACAAAGAGAUCAUGUUUAAGCUCGGUGCUGCAAGGAGCCAACAUGAGGCACAAAUAAGGCAACAAGGAACACACGAGACAUUGCACCGUGACAUGAUUGUUGGAUUUGGAACUUGGGAGUUCGAUCCAAUGGAGCUCGAGAAUCUGUUCCCGAACAAUGAAGGAUCAGUGCACUUGUGGCAGGGAGAUGAUGAUGUGCUUGUCCCUGUGACUCUGCAACGUUACAUUGCGAAGAAGCUGCCAUGGAUCCAUUACCAUGAGAUUCCUGGAGCAGGGCAUUUGUUCCCGUUUGCUCCAGGUAUGGUUAAUAACAUUGUUAAAACGCUCUUAACCAAUGAUGGAGUGAAGAAGUAAACGAUGUCUUCUCUCUCAAAAAGUUGGCUAGUUUUGGUUUUGUAACAUGCAUUGCUAUGAUAUUUUGAACCGGGAUCAGAGAGAUUCAUGAGAAUCUCAAGUUUCUCUUGGUUGCUGAUAUAUAUUGUGGGUGAUUAGUAAAGAGUUCUGGUACCUAUGUAAAACAUUCUCAGCAUUCAUCUCAAAAAGCUGUUUCUGUAUAUCACCCAAUUUUAGGCUAAUGUCAACUAGUUUAAUAUUAGGCUUAGACAGCCAUUAAUUGUGAGAUGUGUCAGAACAAAAUUAGGUGUAUUAAUUGAAUUAUGGGCCA